GGGUUUAUCAUAGCAGUCUACUGCAGCUAAACAUAGUCGACAAAGUACAGCUGCAAGUGAAUGACGCAGAAAGCACGGUGGCAGUGGAGUUCACUCCCACCAUCCCUCACUGCAGCAUGGCGACGUUAAUCGGCCUCUCCAUAAAAGUAAAAUUGAUCAGAUCUCUACCCGAGAGAUUUAAGCUGGAUGUUCAUAUAACACCAGGAACACAUGCCUCUGAGCAUGCAGUUAAUAAACAGCUUGCUGAUAAAGAACGUGUAGCAGCUGCUUUGGAAAACUCUCACUUACUGGAAGUGGUGAAUCAGUGUUUGUCUGCUCGAUCGUAA